AUGGAAAAAAUUGCAGAAGCUGUAGCAUUUCGCGCUGGAAUGAGUGUGGGGUCAAAAAACACUCCACUCAAUAUUCAAAGUGUUAUGGAUAUUGUUCGUAACUUGCCUGGUAUGGUUGUUCGAAGUGACCUAUGGUGGAAAGCGAAUAUGUCGUUGACUAAAAAUAAUAGUGACGAUGUUGAAGAAGUUCUUAUAGGACAUGGGGUUGGAAAUCGAAUGAUUCAAGAACGAUUUCAACACUCUGGAGAGACCGUUAGCAUACAUUUCCAUAAAGUUUUACUAGCAUGUUUGAAAUUGGCUAUGGACAUUAUUAAGCCAAAAGAUCCAGCUCUUUCAGAUGUUCACACUAAAUUAAGAGAUGAUAAAACGUAUUGGCCAUAUUUUAGAAAUUGCAUCGGAGCUAUAAAUGGCACGCAUGUAGCUUGUAUUGUUCCUUCGAAGGAUCAAAUAAAAUACAUCUGCAGGAAAGGCUUCACUUCCCAAAACGUAAUGACUGUAUGUGAUCGGGACACGUGCUUUACAUUUGUAUGGCCUGGGUGGGAAGGUAUUGCAUUUGAUGCUAGAAUAUUUGAUCAAGCACUCGGAAGGCAAGACCUUAACUUUCCACAUCCUCUAGCAGGUAACUAUUAUUUAGUUGAUUCAGGAUAUCCAACAAUGUUGGGCUACUUAGGACCAUAUAAGGGUGAAUGUUAUCAUCUUUCUGAUUUUGGACGUAAUUCAAGUUUCAGAAAUCCAAAUGAGAUUUUCAAUUUUUUUCACUCUAGUUUGAGAUGUACAAUUGAAAGAACAUUCGGGGUCUGGAAAAAUAGGUUUUCUAUUUUACGUUCAAUGCCAUCAUUCAAGUUUCACACUCAGGUUCAUCUUGUUACAACUACAAUGGCUAUACAUAAUUUCAUACGAAGAAAUUCUUCCACUGAAGCUGAAUUUGAUCAUUAUGCAAAUGAAGACAUUAUGCCAAAGCUUGAGGAAGAAGAUGGACAUUCAGGUAGUCAUUUAUAA